CAGCUCACAAAGCCUGUGACCAUCAGCAUGAACUGGAGAUUACAUUGGUCUUCAGGGUCUGGCUGGAAAGCAUUUUGCAGAGACAGUCAGCAAGGAAAAGAGUCUCUCUGUAAAAUGGAGCAGGAGUGAGUGUCCCAAUGAAAAAUGGGCAAUACUAUCAGGGCCACUAUUGCCUUCAUCCCCUCCAAGAAGUGUCAGAAGUUCCUUAUUGGCGACUUGGAGGAAAUGCCGCUGGAUAAGAUGGUGGACGUGAGCGGGAGCCAGUUGAGAAGAUUCCCUGUUCAGAUCUGCAGUUUCACUCGACUGGUCAAACUCUACUUGAGCGAUAACAAGCUGAGGAGCCUGCCCCAGGAGCUGAAGCAGCUGCAGAGCCUCCAGAUCCUGGCACUGGAUUUCAAUGGGUUCAGGGAGCUGCCUAUAGUGGUGUGCAGCCUGAAGCAGCUCUCCAUUCUGUACCUGGGCAACAACAGGCUUCACGCGUUGCCCUGGGAGCUGAGCCUGUUGAAGGAGCUGAAGACCCUGUGGAUCGAAACCAAUUACUUCAGUGACUUCCCAGAUGUCAUCUGCGAGCUGCGGAGCCUCAAAACCCUCCACGUGGGCUACAACCAGCUGAGGUGCCUCCCCAAAGAACUGAAUCGCCUGGAGGACCUGAGCAGUAUCUGGCUCUCUGGGAACCUGUUUUCCGAGUUCCCUGAGGUCCUGCUGGAGAUGCACUUUCUGGACGUGAUCGACGUGGACAGGAACCGUAUCAGACGUUUCCCCAGCUUGGCACACCUCAAGGGCUUGAAGCUGGUGAUCUACGACCACAACCCCUGCGUGAACGCCCCUGCCGUGGCUGAGGGGGUGAGGAGGGUGGGGAGGUGGGCGACAAACACUGAAGAAAUCAAAGAAGAAAACAACAAGCAGAAGCAGACCGGAGAGCCACUUACGGAAACCAAGGAGCCCCAGAUCGAAUCGCAGACUGAACCAGAUCAAGACGCCAUCAUCUAGGAAGAUAACUGCAGGAACAGACUGUCGAAUUACUGAAGAACAGAGCUCAGCUGCUGUAUGGUGAAAGCCUUGAACAGCAUAGUACUUCCUGAAACUUAUUUUGUUGUAGUGAGAAAACUUGUACAGCAACAUUAAAGUAAUUUUUAAGAUUUUGCAUAAUCAGAAUACAAGCACUAGGAUGCACUUCUGGUUAGCUUAUUACAUUGUUUACAGUGUUUUACUACUGCACAUAGAAUUCUGGAAAUUGUUAUUUGGUAUGCAGAAAGUAGGGGAUAGAACAUAUGCAUUGUACUAAAAAAAGCAUAUAUGUAUACUUGUGUCUGGCUAAAUAUUUACACUAGUUGUUUUUGUCCAUACUUUGUAUACACUAUUGUAUGCACUACAGGUUGCUUUAAUUGUCAAUACAUAUUUGACCAUAUGUUGACACUAGUACUUGUUCAUUUCAAUCUUUCUUCAUACAUGACUGAACAUCAAUAAUAAAUUUAUUAAGGUUUGUGGAAAGGGAAAGAGAACAAAGCCAUGUCACGACAGAUGAACAUCAAGGCAAAGUUUAAGUGAACAAAGCUCAUGCUUGGGAUCAAUUGCCUGAAAAAAUGAAAAACAUGUCGAGGGUGUUUAAGACAGACACCUUGUUUAGUCUACAAUUUCAGUGCUUUGCAGAAUGACAGGACCCCCUCCUUCAGUGUGGAGCUAAAUCAUCAAUACAAAAUGAUCAUAAGAAAACUGUAUUCAACAUUCCCAGCAAUAUUGCACACAAUUCACUAUUCUUUAUUACAACUGUUUAUUUCCAAACUUGAUGUUUCACUCAUUUUGUUAUGAAGAUCACAGAAAAAUAAAUUCAAAUGAGUGCUAAAGUGUGAUUCAGUGUGAAGCAAUAAAAGCUCUCAAAAUCACCAUGAUUCAAACAUGGGGCUUCCCAACCUGACCAAACUUUUUUUUUUCUUCUUGUUUAUUUAACCAAUAUAUGUUUGAAUCCCUUUGUUGCAUAACCUGUCAUGCUACAGCAUUCAAUAUGGUGUGUGAAGUGAACAGCGUACCUGUAGAAGACAAAAUACAUUUGAAGAACAAGAAUGGCUCAUCCCACACAAAGCUUGAACUAAGAAUAUUUUCAGAAAUCUGUUAUCGUCACGUGGCUUCCAACUAAAACCAAUCCAGUUUUCCAACACAAAGGAAUGAAAUAUCAAGGGCAGUGAAUUAGUGAGGGGUCAUGACAGUCAAGCAUAGUACUGGUACAACUUACCGUCAACACGAGUUAACCAGAUUAGUAAAUGAUGAAAUCACGAGGGAACUUUGUAUACUUUUACUUGCUGCAAUAACAUGAUUUUUG